AUGUCGACAUUCGGCAACUACUUUCGCGUGACGACCGCCGGCGAGUCCCACGGCAAGACCGUCUCCUGUAUCAUCGAGAACUGCCCGCCAGGCCUGUCCCUCACCGAGUCCGACAUCCAGCCGCAGCUCAACCGCCGGCGCCCGGGCCAGUCGGCCAUCACCACCCCGCGCGACGAGAAGGACCGCGUGACUAUAGGAUCUGGAUGCGAGUUUGGGCGCACGUGUGACAACCCUACAGGAAGUCAUAAUGGUCGCAGAUUGGGCACACCCAUACUCCUGACCGUGCCUAACGAGGAUCAACGCCCUCACGACUACGGCUCCAAGACCAUCGACCUCUACCCGCGCCCCUCCCACGCCGAUUGGACUUACCUUGAGAAGUAUGGCACUAAGGCCUCCUCUGGCGGCGGCCGGAGCAGCGCCCGUGAGACUAUUGCCCGCGUCGCCGCCGGCGCUGUUGCCGAGAAGUGGCUGCGCGAGGCCUACGGCGUCGAGAUCGUUGCCUUUGUUUCCUCGGUUGGCAACAUCAAGCUCUUUGAGGACAGGCCUAUAACCGAUAGCGACGAUAUCGACACCCUUAGUAGCAAUCCUAAGUUCCUCGAGCUUGUUGACUCCCUAACCCGCGAGAAGGUAGAUGAGUUCCUUCCCGUGCGCUGCCCUGAUACUACCGUCGCGAAGCGUAUGGAGGAUAAGAUUGCCGAGCUCCGCGAUCAGCACGACUCUACUGGUGGUACCGUAACCUGUAUUAUUCGCGGGUGUCCCUCCGGCCUCGGCGAGCCGUGCUUUGAUAAGCUUGAGGCUCUCCUUGCCCACGCUAUGAUGUCUAUUCCUGCUACUAAGGGCUUUGAGAUUGGCUCUGGCUUCCGCGGCGCCGAGAUGCGCGGAUCCCGCCACAACGACCCCUUCGUGUCUACCGCCGCCGCCGACGAUGCGACGCCGAGCGCUGGCGCUGGCAUUCCUCCCUCCCGCCUGCAGACCAAGACGAACCACUCCGGCGGUAUCCAGGGCGGCAUCUCCAACGGCAUGCCCAUCUUCUUCCGCGUUGCGUUCAAGCCCCCCGCUACAAUCUCCCAGGACCAGACUACUGCUCGCUACGACGCUUCGGGCGAGGGCAUCCUGACCGCCAAGGGCCGUCACGACCCUAAUGUUGCUCCUCGCGCGGUUCCUAUCGUCGAGGCCAUGGCCGCUCUGACUAUUGCUGACGCCCUCAUGGCUCAGCACGCGAGGCAGAUGGGCGUGAAGAUUGCCGCAGCUGGACGGUAG